AUCCAAUAAAGGAAACCAAAGGCUCACAAGUAUCACAAGUUGAGUCACAAACAUUAAAGUCCGCAACUUUCUCAGAAACUAGAGCCACGGUUUCUGUUUCUUUUGUGUUGUUUCAAUGGCAACCUCAGUUUCUGCAAGUUUGAGUUCGUCGUUCCAUGGAAGCUGGGGGAGUUCGGUUGUCGGAGAAGAUUAUGGGACCCUGGUGAAGGCGGUCCCGAACCAAGUGAGAGUUGGGAAGGCAGUGAGAGCGCAGCCGAUGAUGAAGAACAUCAAUGAAGGCAAAGGUGUCUUUGCACCUCUUGUUGUUGUCACACGUAACAUUGUUGGCAAGAAGAGGUUCAAUCAGAUUAGAGGCAAAGCUAUUGCUUUGCACUCGCAGGUGAUUACCGAAUUCUGCAAAUCGAUCGGAGCAGACGCGAAACAAAGGCAAGGACUGAUCCGGCUGGCGAAGAAGAACGGAGAACGGCUGGGGUUCCUGGCAUGAUAGAAUCAGUAAAUUUUCAUACUUCAUUCUAAAACGACUUCCACAUGCAUAUACUCCCCACCAGCUGGGAUUCCUUCAACAUCACCACAAUGUAUAAUUUGAUGUCUGCUCUCCAUAAUAUAUGCACUUUUCGUGAUCA